AUGCACAGCUAUGCAGGGUUCGCCUGGCUGACCGUCGGGAUGGCGAGAUCCGUCGGCGCUGGGGCUGAAGGCCGCAAGGGAGGCGGAGGAGGCCAGGAGGCCAUGGCGGCGGUUGAUGGGACGGCGGCGGCGAGGAGGAGGAGCAUGACCAUAUUCUACAACGGCCGGGUGUGCGCCGUGGACGUCACCGAGCUCCAGGCAAGGACUAUCAUAACCAUGGCGAACCACCAGAUUCUGACCGAGCAGCAGCAGCAGCGCAUGGACAGCGAUCGCCACCUGCAGGACAGUAGCAGCAGCACCAGCAGCAACAGUGCCGCCGCGCACUGCGGUGGUCAUCAGAAUACAAAGCCGCCGCCGGCGCCGCAACGUUCUCCUCCAAGGCUGGCACCUCCUCCAGGACUAACUGCGGCGGGGGUGGCGCCGGUGAUUAGCCAGGCGGCAGCGGCGGAGCUGUCGAUGAAGCGGUCGUUGCAGCAGUUCCUGCAGAAGCGGAAGACCAGGGUCGCCGCAGCGGGGUCACCGUACGCCGGCGGCCGGCAGGCGGCGACGCACUCCUAG